AUGCUGCUGUUCAUGCCAGUGGCACUUGUGGACGUGCGACACAACGUGGAGUCCGACCCCGCAUACCUUGUUACUGUGAACGAUAUUCUUGAUUGGGAGAAAAGGCACCAGCGUCUACCGGACGGAUGCCUGUUCAUCGCUCACACUGGACAUUCUAAGCUCAACCGCACGCCAUACUUGGGCAUCGACGCCAACGGCGAAAGGCGUUUCCCGGCGUUCACAGCAGACGCCGCAUCGUUUUUGGCCACCCAGCGCAACGUCAACGGUGUAGGUCUAGACACGGCAUCCGUGGACGCGUCCGGCGAUGGUGCGCACGGGGCUAUCCUGGAGGCGAACAUGUUUGUCAUCGAGAAUCUGGCUAACCUGGAGAAACUGCCCAUAUUGGGGUCGUAUGCCCUCGCGCUUCCGCUCUUGCUGGACGGCGGUAGCGCAUCUCCCGUUCGCAUCGUAGCCAUGGUGCCACGGUGA